UUUUUUUUUUUUUAAAUCUGUAUUUUUGGAGUGACAGCCGAAAUUAAUUCAGAUAAAAUUGUAUAUGUGUGUGUGUGGUGCAUGCUACAGUCGAUAGUAUAAUCUAAAUAAGGAGAAAAUUGAUAAAGCGCUUGAAAUCGCGUGUUUACAGCAACCACCCUCUUUUCUGUACUGGACUGAGCUUGAUUUUAGACUCCUGCAAGCCUCAACCUGCUGACUGACGAACAUAUACGUUUUUUUUUUUUUUUAAGACCUGUCAGUUCUUACCAUGGGCAGUUUAUAUCUCUCAAGAGGUCGGUGUAUUCUCCGGCAGGUGUUCUCUGGCUUACCCAUGAUGCUGCAGCGGCCUUACAGCCUCGGUGUGUCAGCGCAGCUCCUGCGGACUCAAGCCUUCAUAGAAGGGCGCUGGGUCUCCGCUGCAUCCACGUUCCCCGUGUUAGAUCCAGCCACGGGAGAAGAGAUCGUGAAGGUGUCAGACUGCGGUACAAAGGAAGCUCAAGACGCUGUCAAUGCUGCGUACAAAGCGUUUCACCCGUGGAAGAGUCACACAGCCAAGGAGAGAAGCAUUUUGCUGCGGAAGUGGUUUGAUCUGAUCAAUCAGCACAAGGAAGAUCUUGCCAAGUUGAUCACAGCCGAGUCUGGGAAGCCUAUGAAGGAGUCUGUUGGUGAGAUGACAUAUUCUGCCUCCUUUCUGGAGUGGUUUUCUGAAGAGGCCAGGCGUGUGUAUGGAGAUAUUGUCGCACCUCCAGCCAAGGACCGCAAGAUCCUGUUACUCAAGCAGCCGGUGGGAGUGGCUGCCAUCAUUACACCUUGGAAUUUCCCCAGUGCCAUGAUCACCAGGAAGGUAGGCGCAGCGCUUGCGGUGGGCUGCACUGUGGUGGUGAAGCCGGCUGAGGACACGCCUCUCUCUGCGCUGGCCCUUGCUGAGCUGUCAGUUCAGGCUGGCAUUCCUCCUGGGGUGUUUAAUGUGGUGCCCUGUUCAAGAGAAAAGACCCCUGCUGUUGGGGAGCUGCUCUGCACAGACCCUCUCGUGGCCAAAAUCUCAUUUACUGGCUCCACAGCCACUGGCAAGAUACUACUAAGACACGCUGCAGGAACUGUUAAAAGGGUGUCCAUGGAGUUGGGAGGACACGCCCCCUUUAUUGUAUUUGACAGUGCUGAUGUAGAUAAAGCCGUUGCUGGAGCGAUGGCUUCCAAAUUCAGGAACUCAGGCCAGACCUGCGUGUGCUCCAACCGCUUUUUGGUGCAGAGUGGCAUCCAUGAUGCUUUCAUGGAGAAGCUGGCGAAGGCUAUGGAUGCCGAACUGAAGGUUGGCCACGGCUCAGAGCCCACCACCACUCAGGGGCCACUCAUCAACACUCGUGCUGCAGAGAAGGUGGAGAACCAGAUUGCAGAUGCUGUGUCACUGGGAGCAGUCAUAGUUCGAGGUGGGAAGAGACUGGAGGGCUCCUUCAUGCAGCCCACCCUGCUGUCCAGUGUCAACACUGACAUGCUCUGCAUGCGAGAGGAGACCUUUGGACCCCUUAUUCCUGUUGUUAAGUUCAACACAGAACAGGAGGCACUUGCCAUUGCCAAUGCCUCUCCUGUUGGUUUAGCAGGUUACUUUUACUCCAGAGACAUCAGUCAGAUCUGGCGGGUGGCUGAGCAGAUGGAGGUGGGCAUGGUUGGGGUCAACGAAGGUCUGAUCUCCACCACAGAAGCCUCUUUUGGUGGAAUCAAACAGUCUGGACUGGGCAAAGAAGGAUCCAAAUAUGGCAUUGAUGAGUAUCUAGAAAUAAAGUACAUGUGUUUGGGGGGACUCUCGCUUUAAAGACUAUGGUUACUGACAGGAAGUAUGUCAUUAUUCAGGACAAUCAUACAAACAUUAAUCUAUAAAACUCAUGUAACAUUCUCCUUUUUAAUCAGAUUUAACUGAAUAAUGACUAUGGAGAGACAUUUCACUGUCAGGAUCAUUUAGAUAUUUGCUGGGUACAAAUUGUCCUUCCAUCAUAAGUUAUUAAUGUAACCUAGUUGCUCUGAAAUAAGAUUGGCUUGCACCGAGAAAAAAAAGCUUAUUUUUAUGAUGUAAAAAAAUAUGUAAACAUCCUUGAAGCAAGAUAUAUUUAGUUUUGUGUAUUUGGGUAAGAUGAGAUUUAUUUUUAGAUAAGUUUAUUUUUCUUACUACAUUUAAUUUUAGAUUGAAAAGAAGACAAAAAUACACUUUUUUUCCACAGUGUAACUUUAUUUUGAUGUGCUAAUUCAUUUAGGCAGAGAAAAAGAAAUCCCAAUUCACAAUUAAGUGGGGGGGGGGGGACUUACUGAGUGUUCCAUUUUUGUAAUGAACCAUUGACUGUGAUGGGAUGUUUUUGGGUGCUCAAGCUUCUGCAUAGACAGUUCUUAUUUGAGGUAUUAAAUCAUAGAGAUUAGUCAAGCAAAUUAACAAAUUUGUCUGUGGUCAAAUGUUGUAAUUGCAAGUGUAUUUAAAAAACAACAACAACUGUUCUCUGUUUUAAUUUUUUUAAUUGUCGAAAAUAUUAAUUCUAGAUUGAUAUACCUAGUUGUAUUUUGAACUGUUAUAUGUAUGAAAAUAUGUUUAAAAGUAUAUUCAUUUUCUUACUUUAGGAGUGACAUUUUUGCAGAUAAAACCACAUGAAAGUACAAUGACUAAAUAUACAGCUGAAAGCCUUGGUAAAGAAACUUCAAAUCUGGACAUUUCAAUUUCUGCUGAUCGUAUAGUUGUGCCCUUUUCAUUAAUAUGCACACUGUUGUUUAUGUGAAUUCAGAUUCAUUGGAUUUCUGCCACGGAUACUAUAAAUAUUGAAUGGUUGUUUUGGUUAUAAAACAGUCUAACCUCUGUAAA